AUGCUUCUGGAGCGCGAGGACAGCUUCAUGUCGGAGUUCGAGGACGCGUGCAGUGCCUGGGUGGACAGUGUGGGCUCGAGCGCCAGCGACGCAGCUGACUCUGACGUGGGAUCACCUUUCUGCCAAGUUUUCUCUCCGGGAACUGACGCCUCUGACUCAGACUUCUUCUCUGACUUCAGCGACUGCUCCUCGGACACGCUCUCGCCCUCACUCGGCUACACCGGCAGCUUCUUCGGCGAGCAGGAGCCGGCGCCGGCAGUUGCGGGCCUGAGCAGCACCGCGGACGCGAUCCUCAACAUGAUUACAGAGAUCGUCGGGAUCUGCACCGAGAUGGAGCAGCAGGGCGACACUGGCUCUCUCCGCGAAUCCAGCCAACCCUCUGCAGCGCCCUCCCCAGCUGUAGCCUCCACCUCGCCCCCGCUCUUCGUUGCAUCUCAAUGCGUAGCUCCGAGCUCUGACCCGAGCAUCCCUCCUCUGGCCGCGGCCCAGCAGCUGCCUCCCGCCUCGGUUUCACACCCGGUGGUGGUCAAGGACGAGUUCGGGACGUCCAGCUGCAGCAGCGGGUGUGGACAAGCUUCAAUGAGCGGGAACGAUGCUUUAUACCCGGCCAGCGCCGACUCUCUCCUCCCGCUGUCGGCUCUGGAGCAACAGGUGGAUGUGGCUGAUUUCAUCGACUCUCUGCUGAGUUCCGAGGCCGGUCAGGGCGAGCUGAAGCCCGUCUGUGAGGUGAAGCAGGAGCCGCUGGGUCUGGAGGACUGGCUGAAAAGCUUAGCGGCUGCACCGGUUACCGGGGGAGAUUCCAGCAGCUACGUCACCAGCAGACCGGUAGUCAAGACGGAGCUCGUGCAAAGCAGCCCGCAUUUCUCCACCUCCACCCCCGCCCUCCCCUCCACCCUGGACGCCCAUCUCCUCUCCUCGCUCCUGCAGGGCGCGUUCCCGAUAGUCAAUAUCAGCGGUGUGCACGCGACAGGAGCCCCCAAACUGUCACGCGGGGGCAGGAGAGCUCCCGCCAAGAACGGCCUUAAAGUGAAACCGUUCCCCUGCUCCGUGCAGGGGUGCGAGCGCCGCUUCUCGCGCUCGGACGAGCUGAACAGACACGUGCGCAUUCACACGGGACAGAAGCCCUUUCAGUGCACCAUCUGCGCGCGCAGCUUCAGCCGCAGCGACCACCUGACCACGCACACGCGCACGCACACGGGGGAAAAGCCCUUCUCGUGCGAUGUGUGCGGGAAGCGCUUCGCGCGCAGCGACGAGAGGAAGAGGCACGGGCGCGUGCACGUCAAGCAGCAGCUGCGCGCACAGAUGAUGGCCGCCUACUCCCUGGCCCUGAACGCGCCUGGCGUCUGA